AUGGGAAAGUCAAAUUUGGACUUAGUCCGCGAAUGCGAUAACUUUCCAUACUAUGAAGACGACCGCGCAUUGUAUGCGGAGAACCUCGGAAACUACCAUGCCUUCCGAGUCUCUGGAUGUGAUGAAACCCUGGGUUAUAUUCUGAACUCGGUGGUCGAAAAGUUCCCCUGGUCACCAGAGCACUGGAAAGUUGAUUCCACGGCACAAACAGUUACACUAGUCACAGCCCCUGAUGCGACACCAGAGCUCCGCAGCAAGCUAGUCGCGCAGAGCAUUGCCGAGGCCGUCAAACUGGGGCAUUUCCAAGUAUUGAAGGGAUGGCGCAAUGAGAACUACCCAGUCUUCGGCACCGGCGGGGAGUACCUGUUGGAGAUGGAGCGCUGUGCAUCACCGCUAUUUGGCAUCGUGGGCUAUGGCGCCCACAUGAAUUGUUAUGUGGAGGAUGUAUCGGGAAUCAAGAUUUGGGUCCCUAGACGUGCAAAGAGCAAGCAGACAUACCCCGGCAUGCUGGAUAACACCGUCGCAGGCGGCAUGGCCACGGGCGAAGCUCCGGGUGAGUGCAUUAUCCGCGAGGCGAUGGAAGAAGCCUCGCUUCCAGAAUCUGUCGUGCGGCCUUUCAUCGUCGCGCGAGGCUGUGUGACAUAUAGCCAUGUUCGAGAUGUGCGCGCAGGUGGGGAGACGGGUCUGAUGCAGCCGGAGGUCGAGUAUGUUUACGACCUGAAGCUUGAUGCGAACGUCAUCCCCAGACCAGGGGAUAAUGAGGUCGAGGAAUUCAAGCUCUUGUCUAUCGCUCAAGUGAAAGAAGCUUUGGCUGACGGUGAGUUUAAGCCAAAUUGUGCCGUUGUCAUGAUUGACUUUUUUAUUCGGCAUGGCAUUCUCACUGCGGAGAAUGAACCUGAUUAUUUGGAUGUUGUGGCACGCAUUCAUCGCCGUCUGGAGUAUCCGAUUGCAUCACACUGCGCUAAACAGAGUAUAUAA